UAUUGGGUUGGCGCCGGCGCCAGCUGAGCCGAGCGGUAGCUGGUCUGGCGGUGAGGAGGUGCUGCGCGUAGGGGGGAUGCGGGAGGAAAGAAAGCCCAGUUGGGCCGAUCACUUACCACAGGCGGGAGCCUCAGGGAGGAAAAUCGGGAGGGCUGAGAACUAGACGACUGGGGGUCGGUCAUGGGUUCCCGCGUUCCGUCCCUGUCAGGAACCUUGGCAGGGGACCGGGAAGCGGCUGGGCAUGGAGAGGCGCCCCUCAUUCUAGGGGCUUCUCUAUCCCACCCUCAUUUGGGGAGCUAUCCCGUGGGAGAGAGGAUGGGAGGCCGGGUCCCCUCCAUGGGGAGAAAAGUUCCCAGCCAGCCCAGUCUCCCCUUUCUUUAGCUCCUUUUCCUGCCCUCCCCCCCGCCCUCCGCUUCCCAUCUGGAGUUGGGGUCCCGGCGCCCCUCCGAGCGGCGGUAGGGCGGCGGGGCCGGGAAGGAGGGAAAGGAGACUGGAGGCCGUGACACCAGUCUUGGUUCCUCCGCCCCCUGCUUCCCCGCCACCGCCGCUCUCCAAAUUGGCGCGGAACCGGCUUCUCCACAGCAUUUCGCCUCCACACCCCCCUCUCCGCGCUGGUCCAGGAGGGAGGCGGGACGUGGGGGUGCUGCCCAAGCCCCACUCCUGGUGUACGGGGGAGAGGGUGGAGAACCCAGAAAAACCCGUUUGAAGAAGAUGUGCCUGCCUGCGCGUUCAAGGUGUCAGGAGUGCUUGAGGUUUUACACACCUGAAAGAAGAGAAUGUCAAGACGAAGUAGCCGUUUACAAGCUAAGCAGCAGCCCCAGCCCAGCCAGACGGAAUCCCCCCAAGAAGCCCAGAUAAUCCAGGCCAAGAAGAGGAAAACUACCCAGGAUGUCAAAAAAAGAAGAGAGGAGGUCACCAAGAAACAUCAGUAUGAAAUUAGGAAUUGUUGGCCACCUGUAUUAUCUGGGGGGAUCAGUCCUUGCUUUAUCAUUGAAACACCUCACAAAGAAAUAGGAACAAGUGAUUUCUCCAGAUUUACAAAUUACAGAUUUAAAAAUCUUUUUAUUAAUCCUUCGCCUUUGCCUGAUUUAAGCUGGGGAUGUUCAAAAGAAGUCUGGCUAAACAUGUUAAAAAAGGAGAGUAGAUAUGUUCAUGACAAACAUUUUGAAGUUCUGCAUUCUGACUUGGAACCACAGAUGAGGUCCAUACUUCUAGACUGGCUUUUAGAGGUAUGUGAAGUAUACACACUUCAUAGGGAAACAUUUUAUCUUGCACAAGACUUUUUUGAUAGAUUUAUGUUGACACAAAAGGAUAUAAAUAAAAAUAUGCUUCAACUCAUUGGAAUUACCUCAUUAUUCAUUGCUUCCAAACUUGAGGAAAUCUAUGCUCCUAAACUCCAAGAGUUUGCUUAUGUCACUGAUGGUGCUUGCAGUGAAGAGGAUAUCUUAAGGAUGGAACUCAUUAUAUUAAAGGCUUUAAAAUGGGAACUUUGUCCUGUAACAAUCAUCUCCUGGCUAAAUCUCUUUCUCCAAGUGGAUGCUCUUAAAGAUGCUCCUAAAGUUCUUCUACCUCAGUAUUCUCAGGAAACAUUCAUUCAAAUAGCUCAGCUUUUAGAUCUGUGUAUUCUAGCCAUUGAUUCAUUAGAGUUCCAGUACAGAAUACUGACUGCUGCUGCUUUGUGCCAUUUUACCUCCGUUGAAGUGGUUAAGAAAGCCUCAGGUUUGGAGUGGGACAGUAUUUCAGAAUGUGUAGAUUGGAUGUUACCUUUUGUCAAUGUAGUAAAAAGUACUAGUCCAGUGAAGCUGAAGACUUUUAAGAAGAUUCCUAUGGAAGACAGACAUAAUAUCCAGACACAUACAAACUAUUUGGCUAUGCUGGAAGAAGUAAAUUACAUAAACACCUUCAGAAAAGGGGGACAGUUGUCACCAGUGUGCAAUGGAGGCAUUAUGACACCACCGAAGAGCACCGAAAAACCACCAGGAAAACACUAAAGAAGAUAACUAAGCAAACAAGUUGGAAUUCACCAAGAUUGGGUAGAACUGGUAUCACUGAACUACUAAAGUUUUACAGGAAAAUAGUGCUGUGAUUGAUUGUCCUAGCCAAUUCAGAAGUUACACUGCCAUUCUUUGAUUUUAAAACUUACAAUUGGCACUAAAGAAUACAUUUAAUUAUUUCCUAUGUUAGCUGUUAAAGAAACAGCAGGACUUGUUUACAAAGAUGUCUUCAUUCCCAAGGUUACUGGAUAGAAGCCAACCACAGUCUAUACCAUAGCAAUGUUUUUCCUUUAAUCCAGUGUUACUGUGUUUAUCUUGAUAAACUAGGAAUUUUGUCACUGGAGUUUUGGACUGGAUAAGUGCUACCUUAAAGGGUAUACUAAGUGAUAUAUAGUACUUUGAAUCUAGUUGUUAGAUUCUCAAAAUUCCUACACUCUUGACUAGUGCAAUUUGGUUCUUGAAAAUUAAAUUUAAACUUGUUUACAAAGGUUUAGUUUUGUAAUAAGGUGACUAAUUUAUCUAUAGCUGCUAUAGCAAGCUAUUAUAAAACUUGAAUUUCUACAAAUGGUGAAAUUUAAUGUUUUUUAAACUAGUUUAUUUGCCUUGCCAUAACACAUUUUUUAACUAAUAAGGCUUAGAUGAACAUGGUGUUCAACCUGUGCUCUAAACACUGGGAGUACCAAAGAAAUUAUAAACAAGAUAAAUGCUGUGGCUCCUUCCUAACUGGGGCUUUCUUGACAUGUAGGUUGCUUGGUAAUAACCUUUUUUGUAUAUCACAAUUUGGGUGAAAAACUUAAGUACCCUUUCAAACUAUUUAUAUGAGGAAGUCACUUUACUACUCUAAGAUAUCCCUAAGGAAUUUUUUUUUAAAUUUAGUGUGACUAAGGCUUUAUUUAUGUUUGUGAAACUGUUAAGGUCCUUUCUAAAUUCCUCCAUUGUGAGAUAAGGACAGUGUCAAAGUGAUAAAGCUUAACACUUGACCUAAACUUCUAUUUUCUUAAGGAAGAAGAGUAUUAAAUAUAUACUGACUCCUAGAAAUCUAUUUAUUAAAAAAAGACACAAAAACUUGCUGUACAUAGGCUAGCUAUUUCUAAAUAUUUUAAAUUAGUUUAAAAAAAAAAAUCCAGCCUCAUAAAGUAGAUUAGAAAACUAGAUUGCUAGUUUAUUUUGUUAUCAGAUAUGUGAAUCUCUUCUCCCUUUGAAGAAAUUAUAAAUUUAAGCUAUUGUUAUGGUAUGAAGUCUUCUGUAUAGUUUGUUUUUAAACUAAUAUUUGUUUUAGUAUUUUGUCUGAAAAGAAAACACCACUAAUUGUGUACAUAUGUAUUAUAUAAACUUAACCUUUUAAUACUGUUUAUUUUUAGCCCAUUGUUUAAAAAAUAAAAGUUAAAAAAAUUUAACUG